AUGGCAGCACUCCCCAAACGAAUUCUUAAGGAGACUGAACGAUUAGUAAGUGAUCCAGUACCAGGAAUCACCGCAGUCCCAUCACAAGACAACCUUCGGCACUUUAACGUUACUAUCGACGGUCCAAGCCAGUCACCCUACGCCAACGGUAUUUUCCAAUUAGAGUUGUACUUACCUGACGACUAUCCCAUGUGUGCUCCCAAGGUUCGAUUCUUGACCAAGAUUUAUCAUCCAAACAUUGAUAAGUUGGGUCGUAUUUGUCUUGAUGUGUUGAAGGAUAACUGGUCGCCUGCGUUGCAGAUUAGGACAAUAUUGUUGAGUAUACAAGCGUUGUUGGGUGCUCCGAACCCUGACGAUCCUUUGGCUAAUGAUGUUGCUGAGGAUUGGAAAAAAGAUGAGAAGCAAGCUAUUAAAGUGGCACAGGAGUGGACAGAGAAGUAUGCAUCGAAGAAGGAAUAG